AUACAUAAUAUGAAAAGAAAUUCAUUCCAUUGAGGCUUUGGUCGGGAGUACGCGUCGCUUUGAUUCCCAAAUCAUUGACUUAUUCUUGUUAAAACACCCUUCAAGGAAUACAAAAACUAAUCUUCGAUCAAAAUGCGUGAAUGUAUCUCAGUACACGUCGGUCAAGCCGGUGUUCAGAUCGGUAAUGCUUGUUGGGAGUUGUACUGUCUUGAACACGGCAUCCAGCCCGAUGGCCAGAUGCCCAGCGACAAGACGAUCGGCGGUGGUGAUGAUUCGUUCAAUACUUUCUUCAGUGAAACCGGUGCUGGGAAACAUGUUCCAAGAGCUGUGUUCGUAGAUUUAGAACCCACUGUUGUAGAUGAAGUUCGCACCGGUACUUACAGACAACUGUACCACCCUGAACAACUAAUCACAGGCAAGGAAGACGCUGCUAACAACUAUGCCCGUGGUCACUACACUGUUGGGAAAACUAUCAUUGAUCAAGUUUUGGAUCGAAUUAGAAAACUGCGUGAAUGUAUCUCAAUCCACGUGGGGCAAGCCGGUGUUCAGAUCGGUAAUGCUUGUUGGGAGUUGUACUGUCUUGAACACGGUAUCCAGCCCGAUGGCCAGAUGCCCAGCGACAAGACGAUCGGCGGUGGUGAUGAUUCGUUCAAUACUUUCUUCAGUGAAACCGGUGCUGGGAAACAUGUUCCAAGAGCUGUGUUCGUAGAUUUAGAACCCACUGUCGUAGAUGAGGUACGUAACGGUACAUACAGAAAUCUCUUCCACCCUGAUCAAAUGUUGACAGGCAAGGAAGACGCUGCUAACAACUAUGCACGUGGUCACUACACUGUAGGAAAAGAAAUGAUUGAUAACGUUUUGGAUCGAAUUAGAAAACUGGCCGACCAAUGUACAGGUCUCCAAGGAUUUCUCAUAUUCCAUUCUUUUGGUGGUGGUACUGGUUCUGGAUUCUCCUCACUUCUUAUGGAACGUCUUUCCGUUGACUACGGCAAGAAGUCCAAGCUAGAGUUCGCUAUCUACCCUGCUCCUCAGAUCUCUACCGCUGUGGUAGAGCCAUACAACUCUAUUCCCCGUGAGGAUCUGGCUGCUCUUGAGAAGGAUUACGAGGAGGUUGGUGUCGAUUCUGCAGAUGCUGAAGGAGAAGAAGAAGAUGAAGGCGAUGAAUAUUAA